GUAUACAAACAUAUUGUGAUAUUUUCUUCUUCAAGUGAAACAACAGAACCCUCAAAUGCCUCUGUACCCUUUCGCAAUUUUGCUUCUCUGAUAGAAAUUUUUUCCCUUAACGGGCUGUUAUUAGUAUAAAGGGAAACCGCAGCCGCUACCCUUUUGGUGCGCAUAGGGUAAAAUCCCCGCUCCUAUGCAAUAGCUCGCAAACCACAUAGGAGAGAUAACCCAUACUAGGCAAGCCUGGUGCGACGAGCUCGACGCAGAAGGCAAACCCUUAGCUUUCGCUGGCAAGGGGUUUCGAACUUGAGACCUCCAAUAUGGAAGUUCCAAGCCCAAACCACUGGGCCACCCCAAAGGGUUAAUACUUCCUAAUUAUUGAAACCUUAAAACAAGUAAUCGCCCUUUGUAGUUCUGGGGCCUGGUGAAUAGAUGGCUUCCAGAAGAGAAGUACCAGCAUCAUAUGGACGGUCACUACAAGCUCCAGGAAUGGCGCUUCAGGAAGAAUUGGCUGCUGGUCGCCGCCGCAUUGAUCCAUUUCCUCCUCCUGGGCUUCGGGACAACAGAUUUGCUGCUCGGGCUGCAGAGCUAGAACACCUUGCUGGAGACCAUCAUCGGUUGGCAGCUACAUAUGUUGCCUUAAAGCAGGAUCUUUCUGCUGCUCAGCGAGAAGUAGAGAAACUCAGAGAACAUAUAAGAAGUACUCAAACAGAAAGUGACAUCCAGGUCCGGUUGUUGCUUGACAAGAUUGCCAAGAUGGAGGUGGACCUUAGAACCAUUGAGAGUUUGAAGAAGGAUCUGGAAGAGGCCCAUUUUGAGGCACGAAGCUUGGUAUCAGCCAAUAUGGAACUGAGCGGAAAAAUACAUCAUGUUUUGCAGGAAUUGGAAAAAGCUCGUGCAGAUGUCAAGAAGCUACCUGAGAUGCAUGCUGAACUUGAUUCCUUAAAGAAAGAACACCAGAAACUGCACAAGACCUUUCAGUAUGAAAAAGGUUUAAACAUAGAGAAAGUUGAGCAAAUGAAACUCAUGGAGAAAGAAUUGAUUGACAUGGCCAACGAAGCGGAGAGAUUGCGUGCUCAGGUGGUAAUUGCCGAGAAAAGAGCUCAAGGUUUUGAUCCUUAUGGUCACCCCUACAUGAACUCAAAUCCCAUAUAUCCAGCUCCUCCUAUGCAUCUACUGGCUCAUGUAGAUAGUUACCAGAGAUCUCAUAUCCCAGUGGCUCUUGGUGCUAUGGGAGAUGGAACGUAUCCAUAUGGAAGUAGCGUGGCUGUAAGUGAUCAGGGCGGAAUGGGAGCUCCACCUCUCCCUGGUACUGGUGGCAAUGAAGCAUGGGGAGGAAGUCAUGAUGCUCCACAAGCCAGGGGCUGAAUUUUCUGCUGUGUGUAGUUUUGGUCUGCUUGGCUGAGGUUGAAUCUUCGAGAUGUCAACCAGUUUUGCAUCCGUGGAAUGAACUUUAAUCCAAAUUUAGUAAUGCCAUUAUUUUUCGCGUUCAACUUAAGAGGCUUUUUGCAGCUCCAAUGUAAGAUUUAUAGGGCUGAAACAUUAGUUUCAUGAGACUAGAGAAUUGUACAUUUCAGUAUGUCAACUUAGUGUACCUGCACAUAUUAUAGUCCAUGGAAUGUUUGUUGUUUUAUGGAUCAUUAGCAAAAGGUGCUUCUUUUUAUGUGCGGACGGUCCUUUGGAAACAACCUCUUGACAAGGUAGAGAUAAGGUUGCGUAUA